GUAGCCAACACACGGGAUUGAAAUGACCUUGAAAGCCAGGGACAAGGGCAGCUCGCCGGAUCCUGCCCGGGCUCGCUCGGGCCAAGGCAGCCCGGCCGCAAGUGCCUCCCUCCGGCUCUGAUCCUCGUUUUUUUUUUUUCCCCAAGAGGUGAAAUCCCUGGCCCGCUCUCUCCUGCCUCCGCCGCGCGCUUCCCCCUCGCUUGCGCCGGCAGCGGGGAAGGGAUCCAGCGAAAAUCAGACGCCGCCGGAGGGGCUCACGCCGGACCAUUUCCAGGCCGGAUCCCAGCGCUGCCGCCAAACCGAUGCAUGAAAAAGCAGCUCCCCUGAAGAGCCCCGAGCCCAUGCACGGCCGUGACAAACUGGAGGCAUCGCACAAGGAGAAGAGUUUGGAUCCCCUCGACGGCAGCCUCCACCUGAAUGAAGCCCUGAAGGCAGAAGACAUCAAGAAAUGCCACCGGGAAGUGGCUGCUAGCAAGUACAACUCCCAGUACCACAAGCUGUUCAAGGACAUCCCGACGGAGGAGAGCGUGCUGAAAGUUUGUUCCUGCGCGCUCCAGAGAGACAUCCUCAUCCAGGGAAGGCUUUACAUCUCCCCUAACUGGCUCUGCUUCUACGCAAACCUUUUCGGGAAGGACAUCAAGGUUGUGAUCCCGGUGGUCUCCGUACAGCUGAUAAAAAAGCACAAGACGGCUCGGCUGCUGCCCAACGGCUUGGCCAUCACCACCAACGCCAGCAGAAAGUACAUCUUCGUGUCCCUCAUCUCCCGCGACAGCGUCUACGAUGUCCUGAGGAGAGUCUGCACGCACCUGCAGGUUUCAAGUAAGAAGAGCUUGAGUUUGAAGGAGCUGACGGAGGAGCCUGAUGCCGUGUCACUGGAGGUGAUUGUCCCCGAGGGUAAGUGGAGGAAGGUGUCACCCGCUUCGCUGUCACUGUCGCUGCCGGACGCCAACUACCAGUGCAUCCACCGGUCCUCCGUCAGCAGCCUGAGCACCAAGGAGAGCUCCUUCACCUCCGAGGAGCCCCUGGUUUCGGAAAGUGCAAUAAACACCGAGGAGGAGCUGGAGGUGGAGCAGAGCUGCGUGGCGGAGCUGAGACCUUCCGACUACCAGCUUCUGAAGAUCUUCAUCGUGCUCAUCUGCCUCCUGGUCGUGUCCUCCUCGUACCUGGCGUUUCGCAUCUUCCGUCUGGAGCAGCAGCUCUGCUCUCUGAACCGGGACUACCUCUCCCGCGGGCACAGGAGGUGACCGUUACCCCCGGCGCUGGCUGAGGACGGACGCCCAGACAGUGGCACCCUGCGUACGGAUCCCGGUGCUGCGUCCUCCCAGCUGCGGCUCUUGCACGUGGCCCGGCUUUCCCUCGGCUGGGAAAAUGGGACCAAGUAUCUUCUCUCUUCUCACUGGCACCCGCUCCCGGCGGGACCGCCCAGCCAGCUCACAGCCACCGGUGCCAACUCCCCGUCCCACUGGAAACCCGUUUUCUCCCCGGGAUGCUGCCGCGCCGUAGCACCGGAUGAUGGCUCGGGGCUGCCGAGCAGUUGGACCUCCCCUUAGGACUUGCUGCUAAAACGGGUGCCGGUUUUUAUU